GUGGGCAUUUUGACACUUAAAUUUAUAUUUAGAGUUUAGUUUUUAAACUAUACGUUUUAAAAGAUGUGCUAUGUAAGUGUUCACUGAUAAUAUGUUAACAGCAGCAGCAUAACAUUCCAUGUCAUUUUUAUUAAAUGCAACAAUUAUGAUAGUUGAAAUAAUUUAUUUGCUUUCUCUAUCACUUGUGUCAAUCCGCAAAUAAUUCUAUAAAGUAAUUUUUCCUGCUUUAACUUCUCUUCAGCUUUUGUCUCACUUAACCAUUUACAGCCAUUACCAACAGGAUGUAGUUGUCAUCAUAAGUGACUUGCAUCUACACUGUACUAUUGCGUGCCUGAAACUGAUAAUCUGUCAAGACUCAAGUUCAUUAAAUAAUCGAGAUGUAAAAUUACAGUAUUGCUAUGAUGGAUUUUGCUGUCAAUAUAUUUUUCUUUUGUGAAUGAUGUUAACAUGAGAGGGAUUUGCAUAUUACUAUGUGUCUAUUUUAUUUUAUUUUCUGAUGAAAGUCAUAAUUAUCUUUAUAGCUGGUACUAUGACUUCAUCAAGCCAUGGAGUUUUGGGGGUUACAGUCCUGAAUUAGGAGUAAACAUCUGUUUGCCAUUUUGACAUUCAUGUACACGGUUUCUGGUGAAAACAAAUUUUAAGAUUUUUAAAUAUUGAAAUUUAUUUACAGAAGUAUAGAUUGUGAACUUGCAUUUACUGUGUGUCUGCUUCUGAAGUGUCUUCCUUCCGCAUACAUUUAGCAUCAUGCUGGGUGAGGAAAUGUAUAAUAUGAAUUGUGUGUGUGUGCAUAAUAAAAAAAUUUUUGCUUUACUCAUUUUGAGUUGUACAUGAUGAAGUAAUUAUGAUGUGAAUAUACCUUCUGACAAGAGGUGUAAUCGUAUGCCAAGAAGUGACAUGUUAAAGACAUCUAACUUAGUGCAGUCGGUUUCAAAAUCUGCUCCAGUUUCAAGUAAGGACAGACCAAGACAGAUUGCUUUUAUCAUUCUCACUGAUAACAUUUUUUUUUUUUUUUUGCACUAAAGAGUAUUUUGUUAUCAGCAUCUGUGAAGAAACACAUCAUCCAAAUGCAGUUGAGAGAAAUACUGUCAUAAGCUAGUACAUUAACAGUCAUUAGUAAAAUGAAGCACUCCUUUACUAAAUCAUCUUUAUCUGAUUGACAGUAAAUCUAGAGAUUCUGGGCUUCUUUGCACCUGACCUGUUUUGAAAACAGUGAUAAUUGUGUUAUUGCAUAAACGAGAAAAACGCUACAAUGGAAUAUGGGCUGAACAGCUGGAUUGACUACACUGUAAUUGGAGUUUAUUUCGUUUUCGUUGUCACUGUGGGCCUUGUGUCAAUGCGCAGGAAAAAUAGAGAGAGCGUUCAAGGAUACUUUUUGGCAGGAAGAACAAUGCACUGGAUCCCUAUCGGAGCCUCUCUCUUCGCCAGCAACAUCGGCAGCGAGCAUUUCGUGGGUCUGGCUGGAAGUGGUGCUGCCUCUGGAAUCGCAGUGGCCAACUUCGAGCUGGGGGCAGUCUUGCUUCUUUUGCUGCUGGGAUGGGUUUUUCUACCUAUUUAUCUAAAGGCACAGGUGUUUACUAUCCCUGAGUAUCUCGGCCGCAGGUUUGGAGGUUACAGAAUGAGGAUUUAUCUCAGCUCUGUGGCUCUUGCUCUCUACGUCCUGACAAAAAUAUCAGUUGACGUAUACGCGGGAGGGAUUUUCAUACAACAGGCCACAGGCUGGAACAUUUACCUGUCGAUGAUUCCUCUGCUCAUCGUCACUGCCCUCUACACACUUGCAGGUGGCUUGGCGGCUGUAGUGUUCACUGAUACCUUCCAAACAGUUGUCAUGCUUGGUGGAGCUGUGUUCCUUGCUUCCAUGGCGUACGCAAAGGUUGGUGGUCUGGAAGCUCUGUACUUCAAGUAUAUGGAGGCGGUUCCUUCUGUGCUCGCUAACGCUACGACUAGCAACAGCACGUGCGGCAAGCCUCGCCAUGACGCCUUUCACCUCUUCCGUGACCCCCUGAACUCUGAUCUCCCAUGGCCCGGGGUCCUGGCAAGGGCCACUCUGGCCUCACUUUGGUACUGGUGUUCCGACCAGGUCAUUGUCCAGAGGGCGCUUGCUGCCAAGAACAUGGCGCAUGCAAAAGCUGCCACGCUGAUGGCGGGCUUGCUGAAGAUGACUCCCUUGUUUCUGAUCAAUCCCGGGAUGAUCAGUAGAGUCGUGUACCCUGACAUGGUAGCCUGUGCUGAUCCAGAUGUUUGUAUGAGUGUGUGCAACAACCCUUCCGGCUGUUCCAACGUUGCCUAUCCUCUCCUCAUCCUCAAAAUGGCGCCUGCAGGUGUGCGCGGUCUGCUAAUGGCGGUUAUGGUGGCGGCUCUCAUGUCCUCUUUGACUUCUGUCUUUAACUCUGCGGCCACACUCUUUACCAUGGACGUGUGGCGAAAAGUCAGACCUAGUGCAAGCGAGAAACAGCUGCUGAUAGUUGGCAGGUUGUUUGUAGCAGCUCUGGUGAUUGUAAGUGUGGCCUGGAUCCCCUCAUUAUACGUUCAAGAAGGACAACUCUUCAUGUACAUUCAAGCGGUGACAGGCUACAUUGCUCCCCCUAUCUGUUCAGUUUUCCUCUUGGCCAUAUUUGUUCCUCGACUAAAUGAAAGGGGAGCCUUUUGGGGUGUACUCGCCGGGCAGGCAACUGGUAUAACGCGGCUGGUGCUGGACUUUCUGUACCCUGCACCUGGAUGCGGUGAAGAGGACACCAGGCCCGCCAUUGUUGCGAGAGUCCACUUUACUUACUUCUCUGUCAUCGUCCUGGCAGUGACCGCCACUGUAGCGAUGGCAGUAAGUUUCACUACGCAUGCGCAGCCUAAAGAAGCGAUCAGGGGUCUGACAUGGUGGACAUUGCGCAAGGAACAUAAACCACAACGGACUUUCGGUUGCGAUAUGUUGAUAUCAGCUACCUUAUAACACAAGAUAACAGAGAAUGCGAUGGCCAGCAAGACGGGAGUCGCAGAGGUGAGACUACGAGCUGGACGUCGAGGGUUGAAGACAAAAGUAACCCCAGGCACACUUUCGACCUCGACCUGCCAUCACACUGGGAACACGUUCUCAAUAUAUGUGCUGUGUUACUGGUGUGUAUGUUGGGGUUCUUGUUUGGAUUUUUCGCAUGAAAAGAGUUAUCACAUUUCAGCUGACAAUACAGCACUUUUUUUUAAAAAAGCAAAGAUAUUUCUCAGAAGAACUGAUGGGAAAACAGCAAAACCCAAAGUGUGAGUGGAAUGGUGUCAUGUACACGCUCUGCAAAACGUGUAUGUAUGUGUGUGUGUUAAAUGUAUGAGUGUGAUUGAUGGCACAUAAUUAUACAGAAAUUAUCUACUGCUGGAAGAAUGUCAGAAUAUUCAAAUUAAAAUGUGUAUACUUGCUUGCUGUGUUUGUAGUCACUUUAAGAAAAUUAAAAAAAUGUACUGUUUCUUUGUUAUUGCAAUCCAAAAUGAACAAAACAUGUUUUUAUGUCUUUAUAUCGUGAAUAUUGUCCUUUUAUUCAAGUCAUUUAACCAGCUCUUUAAUUGCUUGUUUUCAGUUUAAUGGGACUUGUAUUAGCCUGUGGCCCCAUAAAUCCCAGUUUUAAUUAUGUAAACCGUGCAUUAGAACCACCGUUAGAUUGACGAAACAUUGGAUCUUCUCAUAAAAUCAGUAUUAAGAUGCGAACACUUAAAGGCGUGACUGUAACAGUUCUCAGCUGCUCCCCACCCGUCCCUCCAGCAGGCUACUCUCUAUCAUCUGACUACCAUCCAGGUUACGUUCCCACGUCUGUCCAUGGGAACAAAGAAAUGGAACUGUUACACGAGAAGGCAGUCGGAACGGUAUCGAGAAAGGACAUCCUCGCGUAAACAGGGACUUCAAAGCAAAAUGUCAUCCCAGACGCAUAUCAGCUAUGAGUUAACAGGGUGGGGUCCUUGGAGUUGGUGAAACGAACCAACAGGGUCUCCGGUGUUGGAGUUCUCCCAGAGUCACAGGUUAACCCUCACCAAAGCCUGCAUCCUCACAAAAGGACGACGUUCGUGAUCAGUCACUCUACCAGUGGGUCGAUCAGUACCCAACAGGCACAGACAAGAACAUAUCCUGGAGGGAAUAUUAGCAGAGGUCACAAGCUCGUCUCAACAAGCCUAAGGUUGAAGCUGAAGGGGAAGAGUCACACGCCAAACCCGCGAUCUCGCUUUGAUGGAGAAACUGUGAGAACCCAACGUGGCUAAACUCUUUCGGGGGGUUGGAGGAAAAAAAAACUGAAUAGAAUUAUUUAAAACAUGAAUUCACACCUGACAUUAUAUCAGUGGAGCAAACCAGCUACAGCACACGCCUAAAAUAAAAGAAAAAACAAAAAUUUCCCUUCUCCCAUAAAAAAAAUCAAACAAACAAACAACUCUGAGGCGUGCCAACGCCAGGAAAGGCAGGAUUACAUGUCACGCAUCAGUGGUCCAUUAGGAAUGUAGGUUCUUGCCUGUCCUCUGUAGAUGGCGCGGCAAAACGAUACCAGAUUCUGAUAAUUGCGGUCCCUCCCACUCCUUUUCAGCCGCUCUUUGCUUUUCUCAUUCUUCUCACCGAAGAAAAACGCAAUUGUCGCUUUCUAACAAUGCUAAUUCGUGCCCGAGAAAACAGUCAUGGAAAAAAGUGUUCGGUCACAGGCAGAGCUAGAGCCGCCAGACUUUUGUCCCCUCUCUGUACGAGGGCUUGUGAUCACAAGUAAGACCACUCCUACAUAUUGUGUUACCUCAGCCACUUGCAAAGUUAAUCAUUUAGGUAAAACACCUUCUUUUGUGGCGGGCGGUUUUCUGGCAUCAGUCCGCUCCACUUAGGGAGGGGGAUCCAUUUGUUUGCCAUCUCGUUGCAGCUGAAAAAAAAAAAAUAAAGACAUGGUCCCGCUGUCUAGAGAAACACCGAUGCACCUUGGCCGACGAUACGUUAUGUGUCCUAUUACCUACUGUGCUAUUUACUUUCGGUACGAUGCGCUAUGAUUCUAAUUUUCUUUUUUAUUUCAUAAUGUACAUAUAAUGUAUAAUUUCAUAAUGUACUAUAAUCUGCUUUAUAUACAAUCAAGUUUUCGACCGCUGCUGAGAGUUUCCAAUGGGGAAGGUAGUUCGAUGAGAAAUCAAUAACAUUUUUGUUGCACAUUGCAUGUCUAGUGUUUUCCCCACCUGUGUAGCCAAGAGUUCUUUGAGAUACGUGAUAGAAGCCUUGUGUCACAGUCCAUGUUUCUCUUCAAAACCUUAACCCAAAUAAAUAUGGACGGACGUUCAAGAGG